GUCGCGGCGGGAUUGGGCGGCGCGGGCGGACCGACGCGCCUCCGCCUUAACAAGAGGAGAUAGGUUUAACAAGCAAAGUUAGUAUUGGGAAAUCUCCAUUUAGAUCUUGUCUGGCGACCAUAUUACUUCAUAUGUCUGUAAUGAGCGCCGCGGCGGGCUUUUCAUAAUCAGGGUCGUGGUGCGUCCCCGCCAUGCUGGCCGCCAUCCCGCCGCCACCCCCAGGUGUGAGCAAGGAUCUGGUGGAUGACCUGAACAAGAACGUGACAAACAAGGGCCCGGUAGGCAGUGGAGGGGGGGCGGGGGACAGCGGCCCCUCCCUCACCCAGCUGGAGUCACCCCCGCCCCCCUCACACGGCCUCUCCCACCACCUGUCCCACCAUCAGCAAGCCCCGCCCACACUCGCGAAUCUGGACGCCCACGCUUCAUCCGCCCAUCGCCCUGAGGUGUGUGUGUGUGUUGUAACAGGCGGCGGCGGCGGUGGGGUGGGCGGUGACGGCGGGGACAAGACGGUAAAGCCCAAGAGACACCGCACCCGCUUCACGCCCACACAGCUGAACGAGUUAGAGCGAUCCUUCACCAAGACUCACUACCCGGACAUCUUCAUGAGGGAGGAACUGGCCAUGAGGAUCGGGCUGACGGAGAGCAGGGUACAGGUAUGGUUCCAAAACAGACGGGCUAAGUGGAAGAAACGGAAGAAAAGCAACUCAGUCUUUCGUUCUGCCGGGUCAUUACUGCCCUCCCCGUCCCUGCCGCCCUUCCCUCCCAUGGGCGGUGACUCCUUCGGCUCCAUGUUCCCCUCGUCAGACACUCGCUGGACCAUGGGAGGAAUGGGGCCUAUCAAUACAGGCAUGAGCACCGGUACCCUGGGCCUAACCUCCCCUCUACAGCGGCAGGGUCUGGGUCAGCUGGGGCAGGGUGGCAUGACCAUCUCCCAGUCCUUCAGUCAGUCCCUCGGCCAAGGCUUCGGGCAGGGGCUGGGACAGGGAUUUGGGCAGGGGUUGGGACUUGGACAGGGGCAGGGAUUGGGGCUUGGACAGGGGCAGGGGCUGAGUCAAGGAUUCGGGCAGGGUUUGGGGCAGGGUCUAGGGGGCUCCACGUCUCCCCUGCCGAGUGGGUUGUCUAACAUGGGAGCCGGUACCCCAACUUCUAUGUACCAACCACACUACCAAGCGUUCACCUCCCUCAACACCGCCCUCGGGGAUUAUACUGGCUCUCCACUGAACUCCCCGGGGCUCCCCUCUGGCCUCGGUUCCCCUGCCACGCCCCCUAACAGCGGGUCCUCAUCGCCAGCCACCCACCACCACCACCAACACCACCAGCAGCAGCACCAGCAGCAGCACCACCACCACCAGCAACUCAACACCCACCAGCAACAUCAGCAGCAGCAUCAGCACCAGCAGGAGGGCAAUUGUAUGGGGUCGAUGGGCUCUAUGACGUCUAUGGGGGGCAUGGGGGGUGAGGACAUGUGGCGUGGUACUAGCAUUGCACAGUUACGCAGGAAAGCUAUUGAGCACUCGAUUAGUUUCAAGUGAUAGGUGUGUGUGUGUGUGUGUGUGUGUGUGUGUGUGUGUGUGUGUGUGAUGUGUGUUGUGUUUAUGUGUGUGUGUGUGUGUGUUUCAAAACUCGUCCUCCUCCUCCUCCUCCUCCUCCUCCUCCUCCUCCUCCUCCUCCUCCUCCUCCUCCCCCAGCCUACAUAAUUCCACUGCAUAAAAAUAUCCUCCUCUAUUUUGAUCUCCUGUACGCAGAAUUGUAACACUGUCUGGCCAUUAUCAAAUCAAACUCGGCAGAAAAAAAAAUAAAAAAAUAUGAAAAAUGUGUGUGAGAGAGAGAGAGAGAGAGAGAGAGAGAGAGAGAGAGAGAGAGAGAGAGAGAGAGAGAGAGAGAGAGAGAGAAUCAUGUUUAGCUCAAAGAAUAAUUAGUGUUGACAAUGUUUGAGAGAGAGAGAGAGAGAGAGAGAGAGAGAGAGAGAGAGAGAGAGAGAGAGAGAGAGAGAGAGAGAGAGAGAGAGAGAGAGAGAGAGAGAGAGAGAGAGAGA